AUGGGCGACGUCAAGUCCAUCAACGCCACCAGGGUGGCUGUCACCGCCCAGUCGGCCACCGAGCUGAUUGGCAACACGCCCCUCGUUCGUCUGAACAAAAUCCCCCAGAGCUUGGGUAUCGAGGCCGAGGUCUACGCCAAGGUUGAGCUCUUCAACGCUGGCGGCAGUGUCAAGGACAGAAUCGCCCUCCGCAUGAUUGAGGAGGCCGAGAGGAGCGGUCGCAUCAAGCCUGGCGACACCCUCAUCGAGCCCACCAGUGGAAACACUGGUAUCGGCCUGGCCCUUGUCGGCGCCAUCAAGGGCUACAAGACCAUCAUCACCCUCCCCGAGAAGAUGUCCGCCGAGAAGGUCUCCGUUCUCAAGGCCCUCGGAGCCACCAUCAUCCGUACCCCUACCCAGGCCGCUUGGGACAGCCCCGAGUCGCACAUUGGUGUCGCCCGCCGCCUCGAGAAGGAGAUCCCCAACGCCCACAUCCUCGACCAGUACGGCAACGUCGACAACCCGCUCGCCCACGAGCUCGGCACCGCCGAGGAGAUCUGGACCCAGACCAACGGCAAGAUCACCGCCGUCGUCGCCGGCGCCGGCACUGGAGGUACCAUCACCGGUAUCGCCCGCGGCCUGAGGAAGCACAACAAGGACAUCAAGGUCAUCGCCGCCGACCCCCACGGCAGCAUCCUCGCUCUCCCCGAGGCUCUGAACAAGGAGCACGAGAACGAGUCUUACAAGGUCGAGGGUAUCGGCUAUGACUUCAUCCCCGACGUGUUGGACCGCCAGAUCGUCGACAAGUGGUACAAGACCGAGGACCGCGAGUCCUUCCAGCUCGCGAGGAGGCUGAUUGCCGAGGAGGGCCUGUUGGUCGGAGGUAGCUCCGGUUCCGCCAUGGCCGCCAUGGUUCGCGCCGUCAAGGACCUCAACCUCGGCAAGGGCGACACCGUUGUCGUCGUCCUUCCCGACAGCAUCCGCAGCUACCUCUCCAAGUUUGCCGACGACGACUGGCUGGCUGCCAACGACCUCCUCCCCGAGGUCAACGGGAUCGACACCCGCACCGCCGAGGACAAGCCCCAGACCAGCGACCCGUACGAGGGCUCCACCAUCCGCGCUCUGCGCCUCAAGCCCGUCAUGUCCGUCUCCGCCUCGAGCCCCUGCUCCGAGGCCUCCGAGAUCAUGCGCGACAAGGGCUUCGACCAGCUCCCCGUCCUCUCCUCCAGCGGCAACAAGCUCGUCGGCCUGGUCACCCUCGGUAACCUGCUCAGCUACAUCUCUUCCGGCCGCGCCACCGCCAGCUGCCCCGUCAGCGACGUCAUGUUCGACUUUGGCCGCCUGGACGAGGUCGUCACGGACCCCAGACAGAUCGCCAACGGCGAGUCCCAGGAGAAGGGCAAGAAGAGGAAGUUUGUCGAGAUCACCCUCGACACGCCCCUGUCCACGCUCAGCAAGUUCCUCGAGUGGAACAGCGCUGCCGUCGUCACGGAGAAGACCGAGGGCGGCAAGGGUCUUUCCAAGCCCGUUGCCGUCGUGACCAAGGUCGACCUGCUCACCUGGGUUGUGAACAAGAAGGCGUAA